AUGCCUCCCCAUCACGGCCAUUGCCCGCCAACCAGGCCAGCCCGUACCUCCCGGGACAGCAUUCAGGAUGUGCUGGCCUUGGAAUCGCAAGUCGCCGCUGUGCGUAAUUUUGAUGAGCAGGGCAGCGGUCUUUCGAUCAUUGCCGAAGCCCAGCUCAUGACCACCAUCCUGGCCCAACGGUAUCUGACAACUUACACCAAGGCUGAAGUUGAGGCUUCGUUUGAGGACCAGGUCCACUUGCAGGGCGUGGACCGCGAUGAGGCCCUCAUGGAGCCAUACCGCAUGGUUCGCCGUCGCCUAUCAAGCCCCAGCAACCUGGGCGAUGGCCAACCCCUAGACUCCCUAGCCAAGCGUCUGGCUCGCUUGAGUGUGGCCUUGGAGCCCGAGGCCACUUGUGACCGUGCCAGUUCUGCCGAUCAAACAGUUCAGCGCGGCCAAGAAGUCCGUGUCCGUCGCCAGGACGGCUUGGCUGCCAACCUUGACUACAUACCCCGUCUCAACCUCGACGAGUACCGUCUUUGCAACCCCGGCGACGUGGACCUCAACGCAUGGAGCCGCUGA